AUGGCGAAAGUCGGCUGCGAAAACUCCUUUUCAGCCAGACAGCGGUUGUCCAGCCACAUACCUGAUGAUGAGCUAGCCGUCAUCGAAAAUGGGGACAGCAGAGCUCACUCUCUUUGUGAAGACAACUGUGAGAGAAUGCUGUCUACAGAGUCCCAUAGAGAUUCAUUUACCGGUGCCGGGGCAAUGGCCAGGCUCUCUUACUUCUUCUUCAUGCUGCGCAACUGGGCGUCUCACAGAAUGAACCCCGAAACAGAGAGGCAUGACUCCUUUCUGGAGCGCUUUAGAGGCCCUGAGCUCAAAGACUUCUCCAGUCGAGAGAGCAAUGCCCAGUCUGUUGGUAACAAUGACGCACUCCGCAAAAGAAAUAUAUGGCCACUGGCUGCUUACAACAUGAAUAACUGCAACAACACAGAUGACAAAAAAGAGGACAAAAAAGACGAGAUUAAAAAAGACGAGAAAAAGGAGGAGGAGAAAAAAGACGAGAAGAAAGACGGGGACAAGAAGGAGGAGGAGAAAAAGGAUGAGAAGAAAGACGAGAAGAAGGAUGAGAAAAAGGAUGAGAAGAAAGAUGAUAAGAAAGACGAUAAAAAGAAAGAGGAGCCCCCGAAAGAAAUCUGGAUUAUGGAUCCAGCUACAGACCAGUACUACAGGUGGCUGACCGUCAUUGCUGGUCCAGUAUUUUACAAUCUGAUGAUGAUUGUAACAAGAUCCUGUUUUAACGACCUCCAGGAAAAUUAUUCAAAACUCUGGUUAGUCUUGGAUUACACCUCAGAUGUCAUCUACUACGGAGACACAUUUGUGAGAGCAAGGACAGGUUAUCUGGAACAAGGGCUGCUGGUAAAAGAUAGCAAGAAACUGAGAGAUAAAUACAGAACAACAUCUCAGUUCAAGUACGAUAUGAUUUCAAUGAUACCCACUGAUCUACUGUUUCUGAGAUAUGGAUUCGACAAUCCGGAGUUCAGAUUUAACCGUCUUUGUAAAAUAUCUAGGCUUUUUGAGUUCUUCGAGCGGACAGAAACUAGAACCAGCUUCCCGAACAUGUUUCGAAUCAGCAAUCUCGUACUUUAUAUCCUUGUUAUUAUCCAUUGGAAUGCUUGCAUGUUCUUUGCCAUUUCAAAAACCAUUGGUUUCGGAACAGACACUUGGGUGUAUCCCAAUAUAAGCCACCCAGAGCAUGGCAGAUUGGCCAGAAAGUACAUAUACUCCUUGUACUGGUCCACGCUGACCCUUACCACUAUCGGAGAGACACCUCCACCAGUUAGGGAUGUUGAAUACCUCUUUGUGAUUGCUGAUUUCCUCACCGGUGUCCUGAUCUUUGCUAGUAUCGUUGGUAAUGUCGGUGCCAUGAUCUCCAACAUGAACGCCUCUCGUGCUGAGUUCCAGGCAAAGAUCGACUCCAUAAAGCAGUAUAUGCAGUUUCGAAAGGUCACUAAAGAUCUGGAGGCCAGGGUCAUCAAGUGGUUCGACUACCUGUGGACGGAGAAGAAGACCUGUGAUGAGAAGGAAGUUUUAAAGAACCUUCCAGAUAAGCUCAAGGCUGAGAUUGCCAUCAACGUGCAUCUGGACACACUAAAAAAAGUGCGUAUUUUCCAGGAUUGUGAAGCUGGUCUGCUGAUUGAAUUGGUGCUCAAGCUGCAGCCACAAGUGUUCAGUCCUGGAGAUUACAUCUGUAAGAAGGGGGAUAUUGGCAGGGAGAUGUACAUCAUCAAGGAGGGGAAGUUAGCUGUGGUGGCCGAUGAUGGAGUCACUCAGUUUGUAGUGCUCAGUGAUGGCGCAUACUUUGGGGAAAUCAGUAUAUUGGGCAUAAAGGGCAGUAAAGCAGGCAACAGGAGAACCGCCAAUAUUAGAAGUGUAGGUUACUCUGAUCUCUUUGCCCUGUCCAAAGACGACUUGAUGGAAGCGCUCACUGAGUAUCCAGAUGCUAAGAAGGCUCUGGAGGAGAAAGGGAAAGCCAUCCUAAUGAAAGACAACCUGAUUGAUGAAGCGGUUGCUAACGCUGGCGCCGACCCCAAAGACCUAGAGGAGAAAAUUACCAAACUGCAAACCAAUCUGGAUGUCAUGCGGAACAAGUUUGCCCAGCUGAUGGCAGAGUUCACCUCCAACCAGACAAGGAUGAAGCAGAGGGUCACUGAUAUGGAGGCCAAAGUGAAAUCCAUGAAGCCAGAGGACCUAUCUGAAGUGGUGGCUGACAAGGACAAAAAAGUGCAGUAA